UUAAUAGGAAAUAAAACUAAAAAAAUUGUAUAUCAGUGGAAAGAAAAAAGGGCAGAAAAAAAUGGCAUAAACGGAUAGCCAUUUCUUAUAUAUCUAAUAGAUAUGUAAACACUGAAGAGUGAGAGAUGAGUGGCAUAGGAAAGGUGGUGUGUGUAACAGGAGCAUCAGGCUACAUAGCCUCAUGGCUAGUUAAGCUCUUACUACAGCAGGGAUACACUGUCAAUGCAUCUGUUCGUGAUCCAAAUGAUUCAGAGAAAACAGCUCACUUGGUUGCACUAGAUGGAGCUAAAGAAAGGCUUCAUUUGUUCAAAGCAAAUCUGUUGGAAGAAGGGUCUUUUGACUCUGCUGUCAAUGGAUGUGAUGGGGUAUUUCAUACAGCUUCUCCUGUAAUCGGUUCAAUCAUUGAUCCAAAGGCACAACUGAUUGAUCCAGCAGUGAAGGGAACACUUAAUGUUCUGAGGUCAUGUGCAAAAGUUCCAUCCAUAAAGAGAGUGGUCAUAACUUCUUCCCUUUCUUCUGUUUUUGAGAAUGGAAAACCUCUAACCUCUGAUGUGGUGGUUGAUGAGACAUGGUUUUCUGAUACUGUUCACUGCCAGAAAUUUCAGCACUGGUAUGCGCUUUCGAAAACUCUGGCUGAGGAGGCUGCCUGGAAAUUUGGCAAGGAAAAUGGGAUCGAUUUGGUCACCAUUCAUCCAGGACUUGUUAUUGGUCCUCUCUUACAGCCAACUAUUAAUACAACUACACAGCUUAUUCUGAAUCAAAUCAAUGUUCAACCAGUCCUCAAUAAAGUUUAUCAUUUUGUUGAUGUUAGGGAUGUUGCCAAUGCACAUAUUCAAGCUUUUGAAGUUGCUUCAGCUAGUGGAAGAUACUGUGUUGCUGGGCCUGCUGUACAUAUGUUAGAGUCUUUAAAGAUUUUACAGCAUCUUUACCCUUCUUUAAGCAUCCCUGAGAAAUGUGAAGAUAGUGAACCUCUUAAGCCAAAGUACCAAAUAUCAGAUUUGAAGGCAAAACAUUUGGGAAUUAACUUCAUUCCCUUGGAAAAGAUGAGUGGAGAAGAAAAGGUGGUGUGUGUGAGUGGAGCUUCAGGCUACAUAGCUUCAUGGCUGGUUAAGUUCUUACUACAACAUGGUUACACUGUCAAAGCUUCUGUUCGUGAUCCAAAUGAUUUAAAGAAGACUAAACACUUGGUUGAACUAGACGGAGCUAAGGAAAGACUUUAUUUGUUCAAAGCAGAUUUAAUGGAAGAAGGCUCUUUUGAUUCUGCUAUCAAUGGAUGUGAUGGUGUUUUUCACACUGCUUCUCCUGUUUUUCAUUCAGCUACUGAUCAACAGGCUGAAAUAAUAGAGCCAGCUGUGAAGGGAACAUUGAAUGUUCUGAAGUCAUGUGCAAAAGCUCCAUCUGUAAAGAGAGUGAUUAUAACAUCUUCCAUGGCUGCAGUUUUAAUCAAUGGAAAACCUCUAAACCCUGAUGUAGUUGUUGAUGAGACUUGGUUUUCUGAUUCUGUUUUUUGUGAGAAUAUGAAGAUAUGGUAUGCAGCUUCAAAAGCUAGAGCAGAGAAAGCUGCUUGGGAAUUUGCAAAAGAGAAUGAGAUUGAUUUAAUCACCAUUCAUCCAGGAGUAACACUUGGUCCUCUCUUGCAACCAACUAUGAAUGACAGUGUCAGUCUCAUUAUGAAUCUAACAAAUGGGCCUCAAAAAUUUCCCAAUAGAGUUUAUUCAUAUCAUGAUGUUAGAGAUGUAGCAAGAGCACAUAUUCAAGCAUUUGAAGUUGGUUCAGCUAGUGGAAGAUAUUUUCUAAGUGGAUAUAUUGCACACAUUUCUGAGCUUUUAAAGAUUUUACAACAGCUCUACCCUGCACUCACCAUUCCUCAGAGGUAA